CAUUGGCUGUUAUGUGCGGCUGUAGUACUCUGCAUGUGUGAGGGAGGAGGAAGAAGCAGCUGACACUGACAGAGGCCAACAAAAGAGGGAGAUGAUGGGGUAGAUGUGAGCUCAGCCAUGAGCCCAUGUAUGCCUGUGUGUGCGUUAUUCACAGGAGGAGUAAGAUGGCGCAAGGUUUUGCUCCAGAAUGAAAGCAGAUGCAGAGAUGAAGAGACUGAGAUUGUAUAAAAAAAGCAGACCCCCUGACUGAAGAAUUUUCCACUCGAUCUAUAGCAUUGUGCUACCACCAACAUAAAUCAUGAUAACUGUAACAGAGCUGAGAUUUUUAGCAGAUGCCCAGACUUCUUAUCACAUUUUGAAGCCAUGGUGGGAUGUGUUUUGGUAUUACAUUACAAUGGUGAUGCUGAUGAUUGCUGUUCUGGCAGGUGCUCUGCAGCUCACACAGAGCAGGAUGCUGUGUCUUCCCUGUAAGGCAGAAGUGGACAAUCAUUGUGCACAUCCUAUGGAACACGUCAUUGCAAAGAUUAAUUUGUCAUCUGGACCCUUGGGAAAAGUUAGUCACUCCACAGGAAUCCAGAAUGACUUGCACCGCCAACAAUAUGCCUAUAUUGACGCAGUCUGCUAUGAAAAACAGCUCCACUGGUUUACAAAGUUCUUUCCCUAUCUGGUAUUUCUUCAUACAAUCAUUUUUGCUGUGUGCAGCAAUUUUUGGCUACAUUACCCAAGCACAAGUUCUAGGCUGGAGCACUUUGUUGCUAUUCUGUAUAAAUGUUUUGAUUCCCCUUGGACAACUCGAGCCUUGUCUGAGACUGUUGCAGAACAAACUGUGAGAAAUCAGACACGCAAAAGAUCACGUCUGUUGACUUCCUCAUCUAUUGCUGAAGAUACAGACACAAGGAAGCAGUCGUUACAACCCGGGGUGGAGACCACUGCAGUGGAAGACGAUGCUUCAAGUGUACUGGACAAAAAAGAAGGAGAACAGGCUAAGGCCUUAUUUGAAAAAGUACGCCGGUUCCGUCUACAUGUUGAGCAAAAGGACAUCAUUUAUAGCCUGUACCUGAAGCAGAUUGUCAUUAAAGUAAUCGCACUGCUCAUCAUUAUUACAUAUGUGUCUUAUUUUUUGAUGCAUAUAACUUUUGAAAUUGACUGUAUAGUUGAUAUUGAAGCAUUCACAGGGUACAAGAGAUACCAAUGUGUUUACUCUCUUGCUGCAAUUUUCAAGGUUUUGGCCACAUUUUAUGUUCUGCUGAUAUUUUUAUAUGGAUCUGCUUGCUUUUACAGCCUGUGGUGGAUGCUAAGAAGUUCUCUGAAUCAAUACUCAUUUGAAGCAGUCAGAGAAAAGAGUAAUUACAGUGAUAUCCCAGAUGUCCAAAAUGACUUUGCUUUUAUUCUGCAUCUAGCAGACCAGUAUGAUCCACUGUACUCCAAACGCUUCUCAAUAUUUCUAUCUGAAGUCAGCGAGAACAAACUGAAACAGAUUAACCUAAACAAUGAGUGGACGGUUGAGAUGCUCCGAAAUAAACUAACCCGCAAUUCCAAGGACAAAAUAGAGCUUCAUCUUUUCAUGCUUAGCGGAUUACCCGACAAUGUCUUUGAACUAAAUGAGAUAGAAGUCAUGAGACUGGAACUUAUACCGGAUGCGAAACUCACCCCAAUGAUAACUCAGUUGGUCAACCUCAAGGAACUUCACAUUUAUCACUCAACUCUCACUGUGGACCUACAAGCUCUGAGCUUUCUAGCAGAAAACCUUGAAACUCUGCAUCUGAAAUUUACUUCAAUUGAAAAGAUUCCUUCUUGGAUUUUCCUUUUAAAGAACUUGAAGGAACUGUAUUUAGCAGGAUCUCUUGAUAAUUACAAUUUUACACACAUCGAAGGUCUUCAGGACCUGAAGAACCUGACGACACUUUACUUGAAGAGCAGCAUUCCACGCAUUCCGCCCGUCAUUACGGACAUGUUACCAUUUCUAGAGAAGCUUAGCGUUAAUAAUGAAGGAAAUAGGUUGCUGAUAUUAAUCAGCUUCAAAAAGAUGGCAAACCUUAGCAGCCUAGAAUUAAUCAACUGUGACCUAGAACGAAUUCCACAUUCCAUUUUUAGUCUGAGUGAACUGUGGGAAAUUGAUUUCAGAGGAAAUAAUUUUAAAACUGUUGAAGAAAUUAUUAGUUUCCAGCAUCUGCACAAACUAACCUGUUUGAAGUUAUGGCACAACUCCAUUGCCUACAUCCCUCUUCAGAUUGGAGCAUUGGCUAACUUAGAACAGCUCUACUUAAAUCAUAACAACAUAGAAAUGGUGCCGCUACAACUCUUUUUGUGUAGUAAGCUGCGAAUUUUGGACCUCGGUUAUAACAAUCUAACUUUCAUACCAGAGGAGAUUCAACUCUUAAAAAAUCUUCAGUAUUUUGCUGUGACAAAAAACAGUAUUGAGAUCUUACCAGAUGGGCUGUUUAAAUGCAGCAAACUACAGUGUUUACUACUGGGAAAAAACAGCCUGACCAGCCUUCCCACACACGUUGGGGACUUGACCAAUCUCAUUAAGAUAGAGCUGGUUGGAAACCAAAUUGAAUCACUUCCUCGUGAGCUGGAGUCCUGUCAGUCACUAAAGCCACUCUGCAUCAUUGUAGAGAGCAGUGUGCUGCAUACACUCCCAUCAUACGCAAAGGAGAACCAGAAAUCUUGUCAUAGAUAGGAAAUCCACACCUAUCCCUAUUUUUAUUACAGUAACCGCUAUUAGUGUAGCUUUCUGUUGAGUUAAUUGGGUUUUUUGUUUUUGUUUUUGGGGGGGGUUGGAUGGCGGCUGCAGCUAAUUUUUGUAUGGCUGCAGCCAGUUAUGGCAAUGUUGUCAUUUUGAAUAUACAAAAGAGUUUAAAGUCAGUAUAACAGGAUGCUGAACCACCUACAGUACAGUGCUUUUACAAAAUGUGGUAAGGAAAAGCUGUAGCUACAGCUUGCCAAGUUACAGCACUGAAACAGUGAUGAAGGACUAAACUGCUGAACUGUCAAAAAAAAGUGUCAUAAUGUAGCACAAUUCUCAUAGUAUAGUUAGUAUUUUUGUUUAAAUAUUCUUAAAAAAACAAAAAUUAUAGAUAUAUUUUGGACCAAAUGUAAUGCCACAUUGAUACAUUUUGACCCCUCUAUCUUUGAUUAAACCAGUGUAUUAUCAGUGGCAUGCUGGAGUCACAAAUAUUGAAGUGUGCUAAACUACUGUGAUAUCAAAAGCCUGUUAAUGUGAGUGCGUGUGUGUACCUACCGCAGAAAUGUAUGUAACAAUUUACAGCCUUGGUAACUUUCUUAGUCCACAAAGUCAUGUUACGCAAAGUCUCAUUUGAUGCCAUAUAUUUGUAUGACCAUAAAAGUACAAAAAAAGCCAUUUAACUGAAUAGCUCUCAAUCACAAUGUAAAUUAGUAACAAAGUAUAUUUUAUACUUGGAUAAUGACUUUCGGACUUUCUUAGAUUGUGACAUCAAGAAAACAUACAGGACCCAAUGAGAACCACAUAGGGCUUUGUAUAGGAAGCAUAAGGAGAGUUCUGCUAAUCUAAUGAAUAGUUUCCUUGUCGUCUUUAGCUGACUGAUUUACAGAUGUAGGCUGAAUUUGUUCUCCCAGGAAGAUGACCAGUUAGACCAAGCAGGGUGCUCAGAAUCUUUGAGUAACCAUAUCACAUUGGCACAGUUGUGCCAUUGAAAAUAACAUUUGCUGUCUGUUCACUGUAAUCUGCCAACCACAUAGUUCAUGAGUCCUAAUCAAAAUCUGAUUGGUGCUGAAAAGAUGUUGACUGGGGAUAUCCUGUCGCUUUGGGACCAACCAAAUGUUUCAUCAAUUUACUGCAUGUAUUUGUAGUUUUAUACUUGAACUGGAAUAGAGGACUUUAGGGGCCUAGUUACAGUAUUGGAAUGUUUCUUAGUUAAAAUCUUGCUAGCAUUCUCCUUUUAAGAGGGCAGCAAAGUCUACAGCAGUCUUGUCAAUGCCCAUAUAGCACAACCCUAAUUUGUUUUCCAUAUGAAUCGGGACAACGUGGUGCACGCUUGUUAAGGGGGCAUGAAUUUUAUCACAUAGAACGUACUUAAUGCGUCCGCUGCCUAUUCCUUUCCCUUUGUAUGGCCAUUCACUGCUGUGUAGUAGAGCAGCGGUUAAUAGAUACUUCACCAUCUGCCCUGCCGAUUCUAACUGUGCCAAUGAAAUCGGUAAAGUUGGAAGGUUUAAUAUAGGGUUUAGUGUAAACUCCUCAGACAAAACAGCUAAAAUAUAUUCAGAUGCAAGUACAAUAUGAAUUACACCGGUCAACACAAAUUUUGAGUCUGGGUUCUGCAUAUCUGAUAUUUAUUUCUUCCACUUUACUAAUUAAAGAAAAAAUAGUUUUACCCGAAAAAGUGUGCUUUUGUAGCUAUGAGAAUGAAAUUACAUAGUUUAAGGAAAUUUCCCUAUUUUCAGAAUUUUAUUGUAUGUAAAAAUAAACUUUUGUCAUGAAUUUGAA